GAGAAACCGAGCCUUUGCCCCAAAUAGACGCGUGCCAUCAUCAAGGAUGAGGGUUGGCCUUGGCGUUUCGUGGAUCAGUAUCCAUGAGUCUUUAACGAAUCCGAGUGUUCCAAAACUUCCCAAAUAUUUUGACAAGUGAAUUGUGCCUAAUGACAACGAUGAACGUGGAUGCGAACGAAAGCGAUGGAGAGGAUAUCGCCGUCUCAGGAACGCGCAGAGUUCCGGAGCAUAAGCUCUCUUGUGAUCAGUGUCGACAAAGAAAGAUCAAAUGCGACCGUGGGGAUCCUUGUGGGCCGUGUCAACGAAAGAAUAUUUGUUGUUCGUUCCCCACUGGCUUCAAGUCUCGAGCAAAACGUCAGCAGAUCUUAGUAUCUGAUGGCUAUGAAUCCAAGUUGGACGCCAUCUCACAAAAGCUCGAUCGCAUCAGUCUCGCUGUCGACAACAUCAUUUCUUCUCCUCAGCAGCUGCACACAGGCUCGUCAGCAGCCCAUACCGCUAUCAGCUCGCAGGUUACCCCCAUGUCCCAUGCGAGCUCCCCGUCGUGUGAUGUCAGAACAGGUCAAGAGAAGGGCUCUGAAUUCGAGGGUGAUGUCACCUUAACCACGCAGGCUACUUUUGCCACAGACUUCUUACAGCAGAUCGUUGAUAGCAAUCAGCCGUCGCAAACACUUCCUGAGAUCAAGAGUCACUUAGAUGCACUGCGGAAUAUUUUGGCGGAUAAGGAAGUUAGUGCCAACGAGACGCGGCUUCUUGAUACACAACGAAUACUGUCACCUCAAGAACAUGGAGGGAUCCAACUCCCUCCCGUCAACCUGGCCAUGAUGGCUGUACAGAGACUAAGAGAAUCGCCCAGAUUACGGCUGUUCUGGCGUGCAGAAUUCCAUAGCAUCAGCCAGUUUGUGGAGUAUCUCAUGACAGUCUACUUUGGCAAGCCUACCCUUGCUGACCUCAUCGUUACACAUGUUGGCUUACAAAGUCUCUUGCACGAAUGUGGUAAUACUGAAACGGAAGAGGUUCUGAGGGGAGAGUUUGCAUCUCAGGCGUCGAUCUGCCGGCAGAAUCUGGAGUCUAUCUUGGCUGGCCUCCCAUUCAAUAUGCCCUGCACACCCGAUUAUAUCCUCGCCCUGUUUAUGGCCUCAUCCUAUCACCUCGAAAAUUGUCGAAUUUCCAUGUCCCGGAAUUGUCUGGCUGCAGCAGCACAAAUGUGCCAGACAUUGGGGUUCACCCGCGAAAAUCUUCCAAAGGCAGAGUCGAGAGAGGCGAAGCAACGGCGAGCUAAAUUGGUCUUCUACAUCCAUCUUUGUGAUAAGAUGCUCGCUUUGAGACUGAGUCGACCGGUCUUGAUCAGGGAUGGAGAAAUUACCGUCAACUUCGAAGCCUUGGAAGCGGAUGGGAGUGAUGGACCGACCCCUGUCAUUGCAAAAUGGGCUCGCUUUUGCGACCUACAAGGGAGGAUUUAUGAUACUCUUUACAGUCCUGGGGCUUUGCUUCUACCAGAUGUUCAGAGAGAAACGAAUGCAAGGAAACUCGCGGCAGAUAUGGAGACACUCUUCCAAACCAAGAGCCUCGCGGAGGAACAUUUGUUUGAGUCAAUCACUACAAGCAUUGGAGAAACACAGAGUGAGGUCUUCCGAAGAACAGACAAGGUCGCAUAUUAUUCUAUGCGCUGUCUAGUCUUUCGGGCUGUCAGACCCGCAUCUUUGACGUCCUCAGCCUUUUGUGACGAAUGUCUUGAAGCGGCAAAGGACGGUCUUGAGCAGCACAGGAUUUGUUUAUCUAUACUUAAAAGCGUCGAAGCUAUUAUCUUCGAAUUCUACAUGCACUGGGGCCUCAUGGCAGUACCUCUGGUGCCUUUCAUGGUUUUGUUCUGCCACGCCAUCGAGACCUGUGACCCUGCUCAUUUGAAGCCGCUCGCAGCCGUUGUUGAAACAGUCGACAUGAUACCUCCAGACUUACCAAGCGUCUACAGAAAGCAGCUUCAUCUCUUCAAGCUUAUGUAUGAAGUCGCGUGCAAGUAUGUGGGCUCAAGGUCCACUAACCAACCAGUCCAACCUUCAGGACGUAUACCUGAUACGCCAUUUGAGAUGCUCUUCUAUGAAGCAGGUGUACCCAUCCCGAGUCAUCUGCAUAUGCAGACGAAUGUCCAGAACUUCCAGGAUAAUACACAGGUCGUACAUGAUGUGAACUAUGGUGGUUUCUCAGCUGCACAAGCGGGAAAUAUGGUGGAGGGUAGUUUUGACCAUAACAUGGACCUGGGCAACUGGUUUGAGCAAAAUCAAGAGAUAUUCAUGAUGCUGGACAACAAUCCAUCAUAGAUAUCGGAGCUCCAUAUUCACUGGAAUACUUCAGCUAUAGUAGAACGCGCUAGUUAUGCUUCAAAGAGGUGUUAGUUUCGCCGGAUGUCAUUGUAUGUAAUCGACGUGUUGUGUUUUGACUCGCCUCGAGCUUGUGGAAUGUCGUGUCAUCAAAGGUCGCCUGUUGCCAGGAUGAGUUUAUAGCAUUUAACUAACCUUAGUUAUGACUUCAUGAGGAUUGAUUGUAAGACUUAG